AUGACGCGCCCGCCGUCGCCGCCCCUCCUGCUGCUGGCCGCCUUCCUGGCCCUCGGCCUGCUCGCGAGCACCGUCGAAGCCUCGUACGGCGACCGUCUCCCCGCGUUCCGAGAAUGCGUCCAGCACAUCGUCACGCAGCGCCGCGUCGCCGCCGGCCUGCCCGUGACCCAGUUCCACGGCAAGUGGCCGUUCGUGCGCGUGCUCGGCGUGCAGGAGCCCUGCUCCGUCCUCUUCAGCCUCGGCAACCUGGCGGCGCACCUGUGGGGCCUCGCGCGGCUGCGCCGGCUCCCCCGGGCCUACCCCAUGCGCCACUACUACCUGCUCUUCGCCUGCUUCGGCACGGCCGCCUGGGUCGCCAGCACCGUCUUCCACACGCGCGACUUCCGCGUGACCGAGCAGCUCGACUACUUCGCCGCCGGCGCCAGCGUCCUCUACGGCAUGUACUACUCGCCCAUCCGCGUCUUCCGCCUCGACCGGCCCGGCCGCCGCCGCCGCUCCCUCGUCCGCGCCUGGACCCUCUUCUGCUGCGCCCUCUACGCCGCCCACGUCGCCUACCUCACCCUCUGGCGCUGGAACUACGCCUACAACAUGGCCGCCAACGUCGUCGUCGGCCUCGUCCACAACGCCAUCUGGAGCUACUACAGCUGGUCCCGCUGGUCCGAGAGCCGCCGCUCCUGGACCACCUGGCCCGGCGUCGCCGUCGCCUGGAUCAUGAUGGUCAUGAGCCUCGAGCUCCUCGACUUCCCCCCGCUCUGGGGCGCCCUCGACGCCCACAGCCUCUGGCACCUCGGCACCAUCGGCCCCACCAUCGUCUGGUACAACUUCAUGAUCAAGGAUUGCCAGGAGGAACUGGCCUUGAUGGGCAAGUUGAAGGACAUCAAGGCCUAG